AUGACUCCCGCAUUCCCUAUGCCAGACCCCGGUGAAAAGGAUUAUAAAGAUAUCCAGGCGAUGAUUGCUAAAUACCAUUGGAGCUUCCUUGGGGGCCCUAAGAUCGAAAUAGAGCCGGAAGUCCCCGGUAUACGGUACCAUGUUAAGAAUACUCCUUUUCAGGGCUGGGUGUAUGAAGAAGUCCGCCUGAGAAACGUUAAGACCACCGUAGGUCUCCUAGCGCGAAUCACGAUUACAAAGGUCGAAGACGAGAAGCGGCUUAUUGAGAUAUUCCGCGCCACACCGUUGGGUUGGGCGAAUAUUGAGGCACUCGCUCGGGACUACGUCGCGAAGAAGUCUAAACUUGGCAGAUAUAGUUCGGGUGCGGACAUGUCGAAGGACAAGCCAACUUGGGACAUGAUUGAGGGGAGAGAGACUAUAGCGUAA